GGUGGAGCUAUUUUCUUGAAAGGAAAAUUUCGAUGAAAUUAUUUUCUCUUACUCCACAUGUGAGACCAAAGGGAGAUUUUUUUUUUUGUUUGGUCAAACUCCUCAGUGGUAUAAUAAUAAUUUAAUUUAAUGCACUUAUAAGCCGUUUGUCCAGUUGUGGUUGUCGAUCUGGAAUCUUCUUCGAUAAUUUCAAAGCCAUUCUCACAUAAAGCCACCUCAAUUUCUUGCGACUUUCACACUCAGAAAUACUCCUAACUGUCAACAAGAUUGCUACUUGGGUACUUGUCUGGCUUGCUGCUAUUCUGGGUUUUUAGAAAAUUGAGCAAGAAUUAUGGCUGAAGUAGAAGAGCAGCAGCAGCAAAAUUCAUCAGUUGAUCAGGGUGGUGCCAAUGAAAUUAUCACUGAAGGUGGUACUGACGAGAUCAUCACUGAAGGCGCUUCAGUUGUUCGUGGAGAACUUCCACAGGAUGAUGCUGGGCCGCCAAAAGUUGAUUCACAAGCGGAAGUCCUCCAUGAAAAAGUAACCAAGCAAAUUAUUAAAGAAGGUCAUGGUCAGAAGCCAUCAAAAUACGCAACAUGCUUCUUGCAUUACAGGGCAUGGGCUGAAAGCACCCAGCACAAGUUUGAAGAUACAUGGCGUGAACAACAACCUCUUGAGCUGGUUAUAGGAAAAGAGAAGAAGGAAAUGACUGGCCUUGCUAUUGGCGUUAACAGCAUGAAAUCUGGUGAGCGUGCUUUAUUGCAUGUUGGAUGGGAACUAGCCUAUGGAAAAGAAGGAAGUUUCUCUUUCCCUAAUGUCCCACCUUCAGCUGAUGUUUUGUAUGAAGUCGAGUUGAUUGGCUUCGAUGAGACAGGAGAAGGGAAAGCACGAGGUGACAUGACAGUAGAGGAGAGAAUCGGGGCAGCAGAUAGAAGAAAGAUGGAUGGAAAUGCUUUAUUCAAGGAAGAGAAACUUGAGGAGGCUAUGCAACAGUAUGAAAUGGCCAUAGCAUAUAUGGGAGAUGACUUCAUGUUUCAGCUGUUUGGUAAGUUCCGGGACAUGGCUUUAGCAGUAAAGAAUCCCUGCCAUCUGAACAUGGCAGCCUGCCUGCUGAAGCUCCAGCGAUAUGAUGAAGCCAUCGCACAAUGUAGCGUUGUUCUAGCAGAAGAUGAAAACAAUGUAAAAGCGUUGUUUAGACGUGGAAAGGCUAGGUCUGUACUUGGACAGACUGAUGCAGCUCGUGAGGACUUCCUUAAAGCACGUAAGCUUGCCCCGCAAGAUAAAGCCAUUACUAGAGAAUUGCAUUUGAUUGCAGAACACGAGAAGGCUGUCUAUAAAAAACAAAAGGAACUUUACAAAGGACUAUUUGGACCAAGACCAGAACUUAAACCAAAGUCAAGAAACUGGCUGAUUAUCAUUUGGCAAUGGUUAUCGUCACUCUAUUAUAUGCUCUUCAGGCGUAAGACGCGCAAGGAUGACUAACUGAAUUUGGAGAGAUGUCAUUGUUGAUCCAAGUUUGAGAAACAACAUCCCACCAUUUUACUCCAGCAACACACCUCACCUCUGGUGCUCCACAAGUCUUUUCCUUCAUCUUUGUUAGAAGACAACUUCCAACCAAAGAAAUAGGGAAGAAAUCUAAUGUUUUGAUUAUGUAAUUUUAUUAGUAAGAUAACACCUUGCUAAUCAUUUUCUCAUUCUGAUUUCAAAUGUUUGCUAAUGAUACAUGCAUUUGGGAUGUUGCAAUUUCCCUUGGUGUAGAAGUAAACUUUUCAGUUGUUGUA